UAUCUGAUUUAACAGAUAGAGCAUAUUCUAAUGUACGAUAUAAAUCAUUAUUGUGUUUUGUUAGAACAAAGUUCUUUUUUCUGUUUUUAAUAGAAUCGUCACUGUUGUUAAUAUUUCAACACAAGAAAUUUUGAGAAUCUCGACGGGAAUUUUUAAAAAAUGGAUAAAAACAAGCUAUACAAUCCAUAUGCUAGAGUCGAUACUGAAGAAGAAAUCGUCAUUUCUGGAAUUUCCGGGCGAUUUCCUAAUUCUGAUAACAUAAAGGAAUUUCAGGAAAAUCUUUUGAAUAAAAUGGAUCUUGGUUCAGACGAUCAUCAACGUUGGAGUGAUUAUAUCUAUGAAAUGCCUCCUCGUAUAGGAAAAAUAAACAAUCUACCCAAGUUUGAUGCAGAAUUCUUUGAAAUGUCGUUCUCAGAGGCUCAUACAAUCGAUCCUGGUAUCAGAAUGUUACUGGAACAUACUUACGAAGCAAUAAUUGAUGCGGGUGUAAAUCCAGCAGAAUUACAAGGAACGAACACAAGCGUCGUCACAGCAAUAAGUGCUUCUGAUACAUAUCUGGAUUUAAUAUACGAGAAGCCUCACGUAUGUGGUUUACGUAUUGAUUAUUCAAUAAUUCAAGUAUCAAAAAUUGUUAAAAAAAUACAUUCUCCUUAAAUUGUAUAAAGAUA